CAGACACGUCUCUCUCUCUCGCUGUCUCUCUCUCUCUUCUAUUUCUGAGCAUUAACAAGAAGAAGGGAGGAGAAACUCUACAAGCAGACACCCACAGAGAGGUCCUGUCCUGUCGGCUUGAAGCCCCCUCACUGCCUCCUUUUGGACUCCCCGCUGCUGUCGUCCUUUAAUCAGCAGGUACUGUCCAGCCUCAUCAAGCCCCACUGUGGAUCUUUAGCCCGUCAGGCAGGACAGUGGCAGAUCCAGAUCCAGAACCAUCGGGGACCAGACCAGCAGGCAGCAGGGCUCCAUGAGCACGACGGGGCAGCAGCAAGGGGGGGGCCUGCGUUCUCGCCGAGGCCUUGGCCGGGACAAGGACCCUGGGCAGGGCAUGGGCAUGGAGGCAGCCUGCUGGCUGGCCCCCGGAGUCCUGCGCAGGCUGAUCGAGCUGCCUUCACCCCCCCUGUCCCGACACCAGCUCAAGAGACUGGAGGAGCACAGGUACAGCAGUGCUGGACGCUCCCUGCUGGAGCCUCUGAUGCAGCGUUACUGGGAAUGGUUAGUGGGGCGAGUCCCCUCCUGGAUCGCCCCCAAUCUAAUCACCAUCAUAGGCCUGGCUACCAACGUCUUCACCACCCUUGUGCUCGUCUACUAUUGCCCAACUGCCACUGAACAGGCUCCUCUCUGGGCGUACCUGCUGUGUGCGGUGGGUCUGUUCGUCUACCAGUCAUUGGACGCCAUCGACGGGAAGCAGGCCAGAAGAACCAAUAGCAGCUCUCCUCUGGGCGAGCUGUUCGACCACGGCUGUGACUCCCUCUCCACCGUGUUUGUCGUGUUGGGAACCAGUAUAGCCGUGCAGAUGGGCACGAACCCGGACUGGAUGUUCUUCUGCUGCUUCGCUGGGAUGUUCAUGUUCUACUGUGCCCACUGGCAGACAUAUGUAUCCGGUACUCUGCGCUUUGGCAUCAUUGAUGUGACUGAGGUGCAAAUCUUCAUAAUAAUCAUGUAUUUGCUGGCCGCCGUGGGAGGAUCUGCUUUUUGGCAGUCACUGAUUCCGGUCCUAAAUAUCCAGAUGAAAAUGGUCCCUGCCAUCUGCACUUUUUUAGGAGCCAUCUUCUCCUGCACCAAUUACUUCAGAGUUAUUUUUACAGGAGGUGUGGGCAAAAACGGAUCCACAAUAGCAGGAACCAGCGUCCUCUCUCCAGUCUUACAUAUUGGUUCCGUCAUAAUUUUGGCAAUGAUGAUAUACAAAAAGUCUGCUGUCCAGCUCUUUGAGAAACACCCGUGUCUUUAUAUCCUGGCGUUUGGCUUCGUCUCGGCCAAAAUCACCAAUAAAUUAGUUGUAGCACAUAUGACAAAAAGUGAGAUGCAUCUCCACGAUUUAGCCUUCCUGGGACCAGGUCUACUGUUCCUGAAUCAGUAUUUCAAUAGUUUUAUUGAUGAGUACCUGGUACUGUGGAUUGCAUUGGUCAUUUCCUUCUUUGACUUGGUGCGUUACUGUGUCAGUGUUUGCAACCAGAUUGCCUGCCAUCUUCACAUUUUUGUUUUCAAAAUCAAGCCUUGUUCAGUGCUCAGUUCAGCUCCUCACUGAGGACACGCCGGCCAUUACUGACUCUGUCCCUUCCUGUUAGUCGCACUCAUCUUUUUCUUCACUCUUUUGUUUUUCCACGUAGAGAUGCAGGGGAUGACGUGGUGUAAAGUAUGUGCUUCUGCCAACUGAAUGUGAGGACAAAUAAUAUAUAUUAAGAUACUGGAGUAUUACUGUCAUUGUUUCUUUUUCACCAGUGCAGAAUUGAAUUUGUACCAGUUUCAUCCUCUGCCCCCCCUCCCUCCCCCCUCCUCCCUUCCCGCCCCACCCCAAAUAAUAAGAAACCUCCUUCCGACAAACUCGGAGCAAACAUUUCAGGAGAGUACAGGUGCUACUCGGUAUGUUCAAGGAGAGAAACUUAAAAAAAACUUCAGUGUGUUUUAACAGUUCAUGUGCAAAGAAAACAAUGUAUAGGAAAUGAAUCACACUCUUUUUUUCGCUUUUUUCUUGAUUAUAAUUUUUUGUAAUAUUUGCAUAACUUUACCUUUUUGCUAUUGUAAAUACCAAACUGUUACGGUGUCCGUGCUUCUCUUUUAAGUUAAAAAACAACAACAACAACAACAAAAAAAGAUGAUCCCGCUUUGACACAUUUAUAAAACUUCUUUCCUUUUUAUGUUUAAUGAUUUUAACUUCUAUCUCCUGCACGUUACACAAAACUGCAACUAUUUCACAUCAGCACAACGCGGUUUUGGAGGAAACUUAAAGCUGACUCUGGUACACUUUUUUUUGUUUUUUUGCAUAUCAGAAUGUACUUAUUGAACAAAACCUGCAAAAUAUUCACUGCCAGUGUUUUACAUGUAGCUUUUUUUCCAACUAUAACCACUUGGGUGUAAAGGUAUAUGAGGGUUUUUUUGGGGAGCUAUUCAAGUCAUGAGAGGGUUUUUGUGGUUUUUUUUUUAUGUCAUAUGUUACGUUAUAUGCUAUAUUCAUUAUGGAGUUAAUAGUUUGGUUCACGGUGUUAAGCUUUCUCUACACUCCACUCUCUUUUUUUAUUGUAAAUAGAAAAGGACACACACACACACACACACACCUUGCACGUCAGGUCGUCACUCUGCUUUCUAUCGCUUCUUGUCCCUUUUCUCCAUCUGCUACUAACCUGUGAUUUUGAUUUGGUUAUGUGGAUCAAGGGAAAACCAACAACACAUUAAUCAGAUUUAAGCUAACGUAAAUGACAUCGAUACAAUUUGAGCACAUUCUGAACGCUUUUAAUUAGCAGGUUUAAAAAAACAACCUGUGAUCAGCAACAUUAUCUAGUUACUGUAUCCAUAUACAGAUCACAUGUUAAUAACAGGUGGAGAUGAGGACAAAUGUGCUGGUGUUAUUUAAUGUUUUUAUUGUCAACAAAUCACGAAAGGACUAAAACCAACAUUGUUAGUGUGUUUCAGUAGUUUGUGAUUUCCAUACCCGUCUGUCCCACUCAGCCCUGAUCCUAUUGGUUUCUACUGAAGACAGAUAUCAUUAAAAAUGUCUCAGUAAUAGAUUCUUUAAAUUAAAAAAAAAAAAAAAACCUCAGUAAUAUAUUGUUUUCUUUUAAAAAAAGACUCAUUAAUUCCCUACAACAGCCGGGCACUUUAUUUUUUAACAAACAUUACUCAAAUGAGGAAAUUGUGCAAUUGUUGGGAUCUACUUUCAGCGGCGGAUUAAUCCACAUUUAGUAUUUAGUGAGUGUUUUUGGCAGCAUGAGUGUUUAUAGGAUGUAGAUGAACAAAGUAGCUUCACUGCACAGAAGAAUAAGAUACUGUAUAUUGGGGUUUUGGAUACACAGAAUGUAGUUUUCUUGUUAGUAUGAUCAGUUUAUUGUUGGUUUUUUCAUCUUUUCAUUGAAUUUGUUGACAAAAAAAACAUCAAAUAUCACCAGACCGACGCUGUAAAGUCAACGACGACCUGCUGCCACGUCUGUUAUUUAUGUGAACAUCACACUCCUUCCUGCGUUGCCGGUGGCUGCUGCUAUUUCUUCACUUCAAUCACUGUUUAAAAAAAAAAAGUCAUUCACAUUAUUAAAAUGGUUGGCGUUAUGUUUCCCCCAAAACAUAAAACCUGCUGACUUAGAACAGUUGCACGUGCACUGAAUGUGUAGGAAAUGAGGUCACAUGAUGAAAUCACACUUUUUGUUUUUUCGAGGUGGUUACUGAUGAGAAUCAGAUCAAACUUUGUCCCUGACAGUUAAUAAUAAUAAUAAUAAUAAAAAAAAGUUUGUUUAUUUGAAGUGGCUGCUGCUCGCUCUGCCUCCACAUCUACCAACAUCAUCCAAUACUGUUACAGCCUCUCAUGCUGAGUGGGUGUUUACUGUUGCUGCUUCUGAAGAAAACCUGUAGUGAUGGCCUGUAUUAAUGUGGAGAACAUGUCUGUCUUUAACAGAUUAGUUUCUUGCUUUUUGCAUAUUGUGCCUGUUUUAUUUAUAUUUCAUUGAGCAGAUACUGUAUCAUCCUCUGCAGUUUGUUUAAAAGAAAAAAAAAAUGUCCAAGAUGAUCUAUAAUGCCAAGUGUUGACUGUUGUGGGAGUCCUUCAUGUACAAUAACCUCUGAACAGUGUUUGUUUGACUUCACGGUGGUGUAGUCGUAAAGCCACAGGUACCUGAACGCUGUUGGUCAUUGAUUUGUAGAAGAAAAGCCUUCCACACAUACACACAAGUGUUAAAGGGUCACUUCACCCAAAUCACAAAAACAUCGGCCCUCUAAUGCCUUGUGAUAUCUUAAGAUGGGAUAUUAGAGAGUCAUUUUAAUUUUUAAAAAAAUUGAAAAAAAAAAGUUGUAAAUAAUGAAAAUAAAGUCUUAAUUUUGAGUAAAAAGUUAUAACAACAAUAAAAGUUGAAAAAAAACAAAAGUCAUGAGUACAGUCGUAAUUUUUAAAGAGAAAAGUUGUGAUGUUUUGAAAAUGA